AUGUUGUUCAAAUCGUUUGCGAUCCCUCUCCUCGCCCUGUUCACUUUCGGCGCGGUCAACGCCGCCGGCAAAGGACCGGUCGUCACCAGUCAGUCAUUUUCGUAGCAGCUGAUUGAGGCGGUGGGCGGGAUCGCGUCGUUUGGAGAGACUUGACCUACUGACUAUGGGCGCAUUGUGACACAAACAGGCAAGGUGUUCUUCGAUGUGGGCGAUGAGAAUGGAGUGGUUAGUUCGGCUCUGGUCGCUCGCCCCUUUACCCGAGUUGGUUGGUGCCCUGCCCCUUAGAAGCUGACCCACGUAUGCAUCCAUGCCACGUCGACCGUCGACCGUCGCCCCCCGCCCCGCCCCCGUCGUCCUUGGCGUCCAUGCUCACAGAAGAUGGGUCGUAUCGUCAUGGGGUAGGUCACUACCUUCAUGUGAAAGGUGCUUCGAAGAAAGGAAUUAACCUGCUCGAUUUCAUCGUCACAGUCUCUAUGGCAAGACCGUCCCCAAAACGGCCGAGAACUUCCGGUAUGCCCGAUAUCCCACCUCUGUUUCACCGAGUGUCCUUCCCGUGGAACUGAUAGCAGUGACUUUGUUCGUUCGGGGGGGGGGGGGGGGGGGUUCAGUGCCUUGGCUACGGGAGAGAAAGGUUUCGGAUACAAAGGGUCGACGUUCCAUCGUGUGAUCAAGUGAGUCCCCACCAAAGCGCGGGGGCGAUGAAAAUGGCGUAUUGAUUCCCCUGCUGUUGGUAUCACUCUCAGGAACUUUAGUAAGAUUUUGAACCGAGCGGAAAUGGAAGAACGGGGCGGUUGGUUUGACUGAUCGUUGGGUCCGAGGUCCGUAGUGAUCCAGGGUGGUGACUUUACCAACCACGACGGUACCGGUGGCAAGAGGUUCGUUUCGAAACCUCCCCUCUGCACCGUUUCAGUUUGACCGCAAAGCUGAUCCGAUCAUUCUACACCACACGUAGUAUCUACGGUGACAAGUUCGAGGACGAGAAGUACGUGACCGCCGAUAUGCAGAGCUGGAGCUCCAGCGGCUGAUGCUGCGAGCACGUACCUGGUUGAACAGCUUCAAGUUGCGCCACACGACCCCGGGCGUCCUCAGUAUGGCCAACGCGGGCAAGGACACCAACGGUUCGCAAUUCUUGUGCGUACGGGAUACCUUGGAAGGCUCGGAAGGCGCUGUUGUGCGAGCGUAUGCUGACCCGCCGUUCUUAACCAUGAAGCAUCACCACGGUUGUCACGAGCUGGCUCGAUGGACGGUCAGUUGCUAGAUCUCAGACUGGUAUAUGUGCACCGGUACUGACGCUUCGAUCUUUUUUUUGUACCUCCAGACACGUCGUCUUUGGCAAAGUCCUCCAAGGCAUGGACGUCGUCACCGCCGUGAGUCCAUAUAUAAACCCAUGCUCCAAACCCGGUUCCCAAGAGCUGAACCGCCAUCAAUGCUUUCCGUUGUGGCUCAGAUCGAGAACGUCCCCAAAUCCGCCGGCGACAAGCCCAAGUCCAAGAUCAUGAUCAUCGAUUCGGGCGAGCUGCCGAUGGAGAAGGUGUACGACUCUGAAGGUGCCGAAAUUCCUCUUCGUGGCGAGCUCUGA